AUGUUCACAAAUAGAACGGCAUGGUUCUCAAAUAGUGUGAGAAGAGGAAGCCGUUGGUUUUGGGUAUCUGAGGGUGGAGGUAUUACAAGUUGGGAGACUGCAGACUACCUUUUCAGUGAGGAUGCCACCUGUCCUGAUACAGAAAGGAUAUUUGAGAGUGUGGACUAUGCUGAGAACAGGCUAACAGUUUUUCACAGCUUCUAUCUAGCUGCCUGUGAGAAAUGCCACAGUGUCAAGUCGGUGUGCAUCGGUCAUUAUGUGCUGCCUCCAGUCUCUGUCCAGGAGGAUGACAGACUGGCAUUGGGCAAUAGGCAGAAGGAAGAGGACUACAGUGGAGGUUGCUGUGAUCACACAGACAUCAAUAGUUGCCAUGAGGUACCCUUUCUGGAUACUCCGGAUACUCCGCAAAGAGAGGGUGCUCUGUGUUGUGGAGUACAACAUUACCCAGUUAAUAACAUGGUUACAGGGUAUGUCAGUAUUGAUGAACUGAGGACUUACUCAGGAGAACUUCAAGACUUCCUACCAGGCCAUUGUGGUUCUUCAGUCUCUAAAAAAAGGCGCUCCACAGUAGAUAUUGCUUAA